AUGUUAAAUUAAACAUUAAAUGAUGCUUAAAUAGUGGCUGGCAUAGACAAUUUGAAAACCAAAAAUCAAUGUGCAUAUAAUUACGAGCUCUUUGCAAAUGGGGAAAAACCAUUAUUAUUGAUGUGCACCCAAUAUCUGGCUGUGGAUGACAAAUUGAAGUGGAGUGUCUUUUUAAGUUAUGUACGCACUUUAAAAUUGAAGGUGGAUCGACAAUUCUAUGUGAAUUUAGGAAAAAUAUAUGAGCAGAUAUUCGGCCAUUGUUAUGAAGACGAUCUCAUUUAUUUAGAGUCUGAGUUUGGCAAGCCUGCCGAGGGUUAUCAAGACAAUCAGUUAUAGGAGCUGUUCUUUAUGUUUUCAAAAUGUUCACCUUUUAAUAACGAUGCUAGAACAGGAAGAUUUCUUAAAAUUGGUGCUUAAUUGUAGCCUGAAAACCUAGAUGAUAGGUCCACCGUUGUUGCUGUUCAAUUAUUCAGAAAGUUUUUUAUCUAAUAUGCUGAUUAUAACUUUAAACAACCAAAUCCAUUUCAUAUAAUUAAAAACAGCAACUCUAUGCAUUAUGACACUACAGUUGUCAGAGAAAAGAUUGUCAACUUGAUGAUGAAGAAUCAAGACUUUUUAAAUUACAUAGAAUAACAUACCUCGUUAUUUUAAAGUUAAGUACUUUUUGAUUAACCAAAGAAGACUGAACAUCAAAAGGAGAGUUUGAUGAAGUUUUUCUAUGAAAACACUGAUCUACAUCAUUUUAUAAUUAUGGUAUAUGACUUAUUGAACAAAGUAACAGAAGGAGAAUUAAACUCAACUCUUCUUCUAAAACAUAUUUCCUUGCAAAUACUAGAUCCAUUUAUACAUCCACUUGCAUUGUCAAUUUGCGAUUUUUAUGAAUCAAUAUUAGAAGAAGAAUAUGAAGGGACAGAGGAAGUCAAGUAAAUGAAAGAGAAGUACCUACCAAAAAUUACAUUUUUUAAUAUGGAUGGGAUAGAUUUUGAAUUCAAUUACAAACUAUUGGAUACUUACUCAGAUUCUUGUUAAUAUAUAUCAGUUGUAGAUGAAAUGUUGGAAAGUGAUGAUAAUUCUUAAAUGUUUGAUUUAGUGACCAAAGACAAAAAUUAUUUCAUGCAGGCUAAAAAUUCAUAUAUUAUUCCUAUUAGAUAGAGUCAUAAACAAAAAAGGUUAAAUGAUAUGCAUUUUAGACAUAUCUUAGAUUUACUAGUAUAUCCCUUAAUAAAAUAAUUCCAACCUUAGGUCAUUAUAUUUAGUUAUUCAUUUGCAUAUUUCAAUUAAGAGUCUGAUAUCCAAUUGUCUUCAAAACUAUUUACAGAAAUCUCAACUCAUCUCUCAUUAAUUAGCAAUUAUAAGGUGAUAUUCCUACCUAGAAUUUUAUCAUCAGGAGUUUAAAUUCAAGAUCAUAGAUUUGAAAUUGAACUCUUAAAAACGGACCAUAAGAAUAUUUUAUAUUACUUGAAUAUUUAUAUUACUCAAGUUUAAUAGAGCUUUAAGUUCUUACAUCCAUCUAAUUAGCAACAUUGUGAAUUAUCACAUUAUGCUAACAAUGCGAUGAAAAUUGUUAAGAGUAAUAGCUUUUAUGAGAAAAAAAGGUAAGGUAAUAUUUCACAUUUUGUUUUAAAUAAGGAAAAAGAAAGAUAUAUGUUUGAAAUACUAUCAGGAUUUCUUGAAUCAUGUCGAAAAUCGUAUUUACAGGAAGUUAAGGAUAAAGAUAAACGCAUGCAAGAUCCCAAUCUAUAAUGUUAAGAUUUGUUAUAAUAUAAACUAUCUUACGCUAACCUUUUAGAUAAAUUAUAUCAAUGCCAUCAAAAGCAUCUGUUUAGUAACCUAUUCAAAUCAACCUAAUAACAAAUUCAUACUUAUAAGUUACUAUCUAAAUAACAUUAAAAGACAUAAAGAAGGGAGGAUUCUUAAUUUGUUUCUUUUUUAGCAUAAGACUUAAAAGAUUACAUAUACGUAAUAGAUAAUUUAGUUAACAGUAAUUCAAUCGUAUUUAUUAUAGAUGAACCCUAAUUGUUAUAAAUAUAUCUCAGAAGAUUACAAUCUCCAGUUUACAUCCAUAAUAGACUCACUCAGUAUUUUGUGAAUUAUAAAUUAAAGAGCAUUCUUUUUAUCAAUGUCCUGUCCUUUAUUGAUAUUCGAGAUAUUGGAAUUGAUGCAUACUAAGUUUGCUUGGUGAAUUAUGAAAAAUAUCUUAAUCCCAUUUAAAAAACCAAAUAAAUCUGGGCAGAAAUAGAAGUUAUCCAUGAAACACCCGAACCUCCUGUAUUUUUUCGAUCCUUGUGUUUUGAUAAAUUAAAGAAUAUCAUCUAUUGCAUUUAUGGCAAAGAGGCUAAGAAUAAUACAUUAUGUGAUUCAAUAGACAUCUUCACUUUUGAAAAAAACUCAUUCAGAACCAUUUACAGAGACAAAACUACCAAGAAAGCGAGUGAUACUUAUUUUGCCAGAGCAUAUGCUUCCUCUGUCGUAUUCUCAUUUAAUUAACAAUAUAAACCUUAUUCUGAAGUCUGGACUUUUGGAGGUUCAUUUCUAGGACAUUAUAAUCAAGAAUACUAGAAUAUGGGAUUUUGCAAUUUAGUAGAAAGAUUAUUUAUAAGCGAAGACUCCUAUAGAUCUGAAAAAAUCAAUAAGGAAUUAAUUAUUCCAUUAUCAAUGAGACCUAUGUACGGAUCUUUGAUGCUAAGUGUUCAAGACAACGACGAAUCUGCUAUUUUAAUAAUUGGGGGAUCUCAAAAUGAACUCCUUGUAAAUAUUGAUUAAUAAGAGUACAUUGGAUAUAAGUUUCAACAAAUUGAGAAUUAGUAUUAUGUUAGUGCAAUCACUAAUGUUGGACAGAAAAUCAACCCCAUAAGCUUCUAUUCACAAAAUUAAAACAUCUAUUCUGAACUAGACAGGAUCUUUAUUUUGAACGAUGCUACUCAAAUAUUAGGAAAAUCAUAUCGGUGCAACAGUGAAACCAAUGAAUUGGAAGAAACUGACCCUUUUUCCCCAUAUGGUAUUUUAAGUAUAACUGACCUUAAAAUUUCAAAUAAUUUAUCGACAUAAGAGUUAUUUCAGAAACAAAAAAUAUCUAUAAUAAGCAUUGAUGCUAAGAAUGUGAUUUUGAAUGGCACCCAGGUUAUAUAACCUUUUGCUCAAAUGCACAAAGCCAUGAAAUUUUUAUAUAAGGAACAGGACUAUGUGAAUUAUUCUGCAAGAAUUAUAUUUUAAGAUAAUGAUGAAAUAGUAGGUUUAAUUAAAAACUAUGAAUGUACAAGAUACAUUCAUUUAUAUGUAAACAUAAAACAAGAUGACACCAUUCAUUAAUGCUAUCUAAAACCAUGUUCUAUGUGUGUUAGUUAUUCUAAUAAGUGUUUAUAUUUGCUUACUACAAAUAUUGAAAAUGGAUCUGUCUAUUUUACAAUUUACAGUUAUCAAAUAAAUUAAUUGAAUCAAGAUAUCAAUUUAGCAUUAAAUAAUAAUAACACAAAAUUGGUUUUGAAUGUUUACACAAUCUUUGCCAAAGUUGUCAUGCACUUAUCGAGUAAUGUAGAAAGGAUAUUUAAGCAAUUAACAUGUGAUGAUGAAAACCUGUAUUUGAUUGGCGGAUACAUGGGACUUAUAUAUUAAUAGAGUGAUUUAGAUUUAUUACUACUUCAAGGAUAGCAUACUUAUAAGUACCAUAAGAACACAGAGAAUACCAACAAUGAUAAUUUCAAAAUUCCAUUUGAUAAUCCUGAAUAAUAUCAGAAAUUUGGACAAAGCAAUAGGUAUAUGUAUGAAUCUCCCUACAUUAUCUGGAUUAAUUCAUAUUAAACUUUAAUUAUUGAGAAAAACUUUAGAUAAAAGUAUUUCAGUGAAGUGAUUGAUAAAGUGCAUCAUGAUUUCAAAAUUUGGAUCACUAAAUUCGAAAUAUAAAGUAAUGAAACUUGGGAACAAGGAAUUUUGGUUAUUCCAUCUUUUUUACUUUCCAAAGCAUCUGUCGAAAUGACAUCUUAGGAAGUUACUGAUAAAUUUAAGGAAUAGAUCUAACACAGAAAAUUGGAUUUAUUUCUAUAAAAUACAAAUACUGAAUUUGAAACUAUUGUUAAAAUUGUCGAUUAUGCAUCAAUUGAUCAAAGAAUCAUAUUAACUUGCGCAGUUCAAAUGCUAAAUUUUAUCUAAGUGAUGAGCUUUGAAUUUUCACUCGAAAAUUAAGAGGAGUAUUUAUUAUAAUACAAAUACAAUGGAAUUCAUUAAUAACAUCAACAUGCUCGAAGAUAUUCAGUUCCAAUUUUCAUACCCAAAGUCACUCUUCUAGUAACAACUCAAAAAUAAGCUACGAUUGUUGGGUAUCAAAUAUAUGAUCCCGUGAAUGAACAUCAAACACUCAGACAAUCAAAUUAGAGCUAAAUCAUAGUUAAAAUGAAGGAAUAAAUCAAAGUUUAUAAUCUGAUUCCCUAAACCUGA